AUGACCAAAGACGACUUUAAUGGCGUAGAGCUGACGCUCUACACGUACUUCCGGUCAUCAUGCUCUGCGCGUGUGCGGACAGCGGCGGCCUUAAAAGGCCUCGCGGUGACGCCGCACUAUGUCGACCUCUUGAAGGGAGAACAAUCGGCACCGACGUACACCAGCGACGUGAACCCCUGUGGCACCGUGCCAUCCUUAGUAGUUGGCUUUCCCGACGGCUCGCAGGCGACCAUACGUCAGUCAGUGACGAUUCUCGAAUUUUUCGAAGAGGCCUUCCCCGACAAGCGGUCCCUACUGCCAGGGGCUGAACGGCCCCUACAGCGUGCCGUUGUACGGGACAUUGUCAACAUUAUUACAGGUGAUGUGCAGCCAAAGACCAACUCAAGUGUGCUACACCGGAUGCGCACCCUCGGUAUCGAAUCGGCCGACUGGUGCAAGGAAAUAAUGGUGCCCGGAAUCAGGGCUGUCGAAGCCAUCCUGCAGAACAGCGCUGGAAAGCACAGUGUUGGCGAUGACAUCACGCUGGCGGACGUCGUCAUUGCUCCAGCGUACGAGGCAGCUCUGCGUUGGGGGGUCGACUUGACGCUGUUCGAAGCUGUGACCCACGCGUAUAAUGCGUGCAAGGACUUGCCAGAGUUUGUCGCAGCGGACUGGAAGCACCAGCCUGACACGCCAGAGCAGUUUAGAGCUGCGUAG